AAUCAUUUAGCUACCAACACCAAGCUCUCGGCUCGAGCUCCUGCCGCCAUGGUGAACGUUCCAAAGACCAAAAAGACAUUUUGCAAGUCCAAGGAAUGCAAGAAGCACACUUUGCAUAAGGUUACUCAGUACAAAAAAGGAAAGGAUAGUCUUGCGGCUCAGGGGAAGCGUCGUUAUGAUCGUAAACAAUCUGGUUAUGGUGGACAGACCAAACCAGUCUUCCACAAAAAGGCCAAGACCACAAAGAAGAUUGUCUUGAGGCUGCAAUGUCAGGGAUGCAAGCAUGUCUCUCAGCACGCAAUCAAGAGGUGCAAGCAUUUUGAGAUCGGUGGUGACAAGAAGGGGAAGGGAACAUCUCUGUUUUAAAUUAGUCUUGGAAUAUCAUACGUAGUAUGUUGUUUUAUUUUGUUUGUUAUAUCAUGGAGGCUCUAAUGCAACAAUUUAGUUUUGUCAAUUUUGUUGGUUUUUUUGUAAUGGUCAAGUGCAUUACAGAUUGAUGUGUAUUAUGACUGAUAUUUCUGAAAUUUCAGACUGCUACUUUUUGUUCUGCUGGUAAAAAAAAAUCAAUCAUUUACAAUUGUUUGGGAAUCAGAAAUUCAAUACAUAAACUUUGAAUUUUUAAAUUGAAUUUUCAAGGACGUUCGGGUGCGGUGUCACAAGUUCACCCCCCCCCUUAACAGGAAUUUCGUCCCCGAAAUUCACAGCUCUAUUCGAAAAGGAAGGCAUAUUGCUUCCUCAUCAAAGCUUCUGUUUCCCAUGUCUCUUCUUCGACCCGAUCGCUCUUCCAAAGGACUUUAACCAUUGGGACUUCUUUACUCCUCAGUUUCUUCACCUUUCUAUCGGUGACCUUGAUUGGUUGCACAGCGUAGUUCAAAUCCUCACGUACUUCUAGAGGCGGCUUUUCCAAUACGUGAGAGGGAUCAUGCACAUACUUCUUAAGCAUGGAUACAUG